UUCUUCUUCUUCUUCUUCUUCUUCUUCUUCUUCUUCUUCUUCUUCUUCCUGUUGAUAACAAGAAACCCUUGCAACUCGAAACAUGCUUCUUUUACCUCAGAGAAGACUGUUUCUGAACACGAAUUCCCACUACAACAGAGGAAUUUUGAUGGGCUCCAAACACUUGCUCCUUCUUAAGUCUACACUCACGCCGGUAACACAUACAAAUAAAGAUGCGGCCCAUUUUUCUUCAACUUCGCAACCUCAGUUAUUUUUUACUCACAGGAAAAAUAUAGCAUUUUCUACAUCUUCGAAAACCAUAUCUCCAAUUCAUCGGAUGAGUUCUGGGUUGAGUUAUUACCUCAAUGCCGCUAUGCCUAUUCCCAGACCAGUCGUUUUGGAGACCCCAGAGCAGCAAGUGAGGAUGUUAAAACAGAGGUUGGAGGAUAUCGGGAUUGACGGAGAUGUUUGUAAGCCAGGGCAAUACUAUGGUUUAAUAUGUCCAAGCUGCAAAGGUGGGGAUUCGGAAGAGAAAAGCUUAUCUCUUCACAUCACAAAAGAUGGUGCUGCAGCAAUGUGGACCUGCUUUCGGGCUAAAUGUGGGUGGAGUGGCACUACAAGGGCCUUUGCUGAUGUAAAAUCUACUUAUGCAAAAAUGAGUAGAAUCACCAAAGCAAAACAACCAUUCAGAGAAAUCACAAAAGAGUGUCUGGAACUGGAACCUUUGUGCAACGAGCUACUUGCAUAUUUUGCUGAGCGAAUGAUAUCUGGGGAAACACUGCGGAGAAACUCUGUAAUGCAAAAAUGAAGAGGCACCCAGGUGCAGAUGUUGUUUUAUUUUCAGAAAUGUUCAUGUAUAUUUGUGUGCAAUCACGAGGUUGUCUUGACAUGCUAAAGAAUUAUUUCUAGCCAUGGAUGUACUUACAUUUCCAUUGUAUUCACAUCCCUCCUGGACCUUGGGCCCUUUGCCCUUCUCCUGAAAGAAGAGGAGGGGCAGGGGAACAGACUUUAGAGAGACGAAGAGGGAUGUCAGAAACAUUGUUUAGACUCUUUGAAACUAUUAUAAUCUAGUAAGUUGAAUUCGAUUUAAUUGCUAAUUUCUCUGGAAGAAUGUCUGUAGAGAUUUCUAUACAGAUUGCUAUUGCUUUCACCUAUCGAAGGAAUGGAGAACUUGUUAGCUGCAUGUAUAGGGAUAUUACUAAGAAACUUUGGCAGGUAUUGUUAGUUGUUCUUCGUGCCUAAAAAGAUGCAAAUUUACGAGUAAGAAAAACACUAAUGUAAGAUGUUUAUGAUUAUAGUCUCCUACUGCGCCAACCAUUCAUAAUA